AUGGGAUCUCGCCACAGGAUGGACGGAGGAGCAGCAGCUUCUUGCAAAGUGCUCAUAUUAUUCACUGCAUGCAUCAUGCAGGCUAGUGGCCAAGGGUGUGAGAGUGGGCAGUUCCGCUGUGGAAAUGGCCGUUGUAUUCCUGCAGGCUGGAGGUGCGAUGGAGCAAGGGACUGUUCAGAUGAUACGGAUGAAGCUGAUUGUCCACAACCUACCUGUGAGGGAAAUCAGUUUCAGUGUCAGACCGAUGGAGAGUGUAUUUCACAGUCAUGGGUUUGUGAUGACGAGGAGGACUGUGAAGAUGGCUCAGAUGAGCAUCAACAAUGCCCCGGGAGGACAUGCUCAAGUCAGCAAUUCACAUGUUCAAAUGGACAAUGCAUCCCGAAUGGUUACACGUGUGAUCGAGUUAAAGACUGCACUGAUGGAACAGAUGAGAGAGGCUGCCGUUACCCAACAUGUGAACAGUUAUCUUGUGCAAAUGGAGCAUGUUUUAAUGCAAGCCAGCGUUGUGAUGGUAAAGUAGAUUGCAGGGAUGCCUCUGAUGAAGUUAAUUGCACUCAUGGAUGUGCCAGUACCCAGUUUCAAUGUGCUAAUGGAGAAUGCAUCCCCCGAGCCUUUAUCUGUGACCACGAUGACGACUGUGGAGACAGGAGCGAUGAAAACUCUUGCACUUAUGCAACUUGCAGAGGCAAUUUCUUCACUUGUCCGAGUGGCCGCUGUAUUCAUCAGAGCUGGGUUUGUGAUGGAGAUGAUGACUGUGAAGAUAAUGAAGAUGAAAGUGGAUGUGAAAGUGGUCGCCAUGAGUGCUACCCAGGAGAAUGGGCCUGUCCUGUGUCAGGCCACUGCAUUCCAAUUGGUAAAGUGUGUGAUGGGACUGCAGACUGCCCUGCCGGAGAAGACGAAACUAACAUAACUGCAGGCAGACACUGCAACAUAUCCCACUGUGCUGCCUUGAGCUGCCAGUACCGCUGCCAUUCUUCACCAUCUGGAGGGACUUGCUAUUGCCCUGCGGGAUAUGUAAUCAGCAGCAAUGACAGUCGCACCUGCAUUGAUUUUGAUGAUUGUAAGAUGUGGGGUGUGUGUGACCAGCUGUGUGAAGACCGUGUUGGCCAUCACCAGUGUCACUGUGUGGAAGGUUAUUUCUUGGAGCAUCACCGCCACUGUAGAGCCAACACUUCAUCUGGUGUUGCAUCAAUUAUUUUCUCCAAUGGUCGUGAUUUGCUGAUUGGAGAUGUCCAUGGAAGGAGUUUUCGUACUUUGGUGCAAUCCCAGAAUCGUGGCGUUGCGGUCGGAGUGGACUUUCAUUUUUACCUACGUAGAAUCUUUUGGACAGACACAGUGCAAGAUAAGGUGUUUUCUGUUGGUAUUGAUGGUUCCGAUAUCCACGAAGUUUUAAAUGUUUCAGUUGACACACCUGAAAAUCUCGCAGUAGACUGGAUUAACAAUAAACUGUAUGUAGUUGAGACCAGUGUGAACAGAAUAGAUAUGGUAAACUUGGAUGGAACUAACCGUGUAACUCUUAUUGCUGAAAAUCUGGGAAAUCCUAGAGGAAUAGCACUCGACCCAACUGUUGGUUAUUUAUUUUUCUCAGACUGGGAUAAUCUUUCUGGAGAUCCUAAAGUGGAAAGGGCCUUCAUGGAUGGCACAAACCGGCAAGAUUUGAUAAAAACAAAAUUAGGUUGGCCUGCUGGAAUAACUCUGGAUAUUGUAUCAAAGAGACUUUAUUGGGUGGACAGCCGCUUUGAUUACAUUGAGACUGUAACUUAUGAUGGGCUUCAAAGGAGAACAAUAGCUCAUGGAGGGUCACUGAUUCCUCAUCCCUAUGGAAUAAGCCUUUUUGAACAUAAUGUUUAUUUUACUGAUUGGACAAGGAUGGCAGUGAUAAAGGCUAAUAAAUUUGCAGACUCUAACCCUCAUGUUAUCUACCAGUCUUCACUGAGGCCAUAUGGAGUGACAGUUUACCAUGCUCUCAGGCAGCCAUAUGUAAGAAAUCCUUGUGGAAGUAAUAAUGGGGGCUGCGAACAAAUCUGUGUUCUCAGUCACAAAACAGAUAACGAUGGGCUGGGCUACCGCUGCAAAUGCACCCUGGGCUUUGAUCUACGCGUGGAUGGGCGACAUUGCAUUGCUGUGCAACAGUUUUUGCUCUUUUCAUCACAGUUGGCAGUGCGUGGGAUCCCAUUCAAUCUCUCCACCCAGGAAGAUGUGAUUAUCCCAGUGACUGGGAGCCCUUCAUACUUUGUUGGAAUUGACUUCUGUGCCCAGGAUGACACCAUUUUUUUUUCAGAUACAACUAGAGAUAUAAUUUAUAAACAAAAAACGAAUGGGUCAGGCAGAGAAAUUCUGACAGCCAAUAGGGUGGAAGGCAUUGAAGAUUUGGCCUUUGAUUGGAUCUCAAAGAACCUGUACUGGACAGAUCCUCGAUAUAGGAGCAUUAGUGUUAUGAGGUUGACUGAUAAAUCUAGACGAACUAUUGUCCAGAAUUUAAAUAACCCUCGAUCAAUAGUGGUUCAUCCUGUUAUUGGUUAUAUAUUCUGGACAGAUUGGUUCCGCCCUGCUAAAAUCAUGAGAGCCUGGUGUGAUGGAUCCCAUGCCUUGCCAAUUGUGAACACAACACUUGGCUGGCCCAAUGGCCUAGCCAUUGAUUGGGGUGCUUUAAGGCUGUAUUGGGUGGAUGCCUUUUUUGAUAAAAUUGAGCACAGUACCUUUGAUGGGUUAGACAGAAGGACUCUUGAACGCAUUAAUCAGAUGUCUCAUCCAUUUGGCCUGACUAUCUUUGGAGGUUAUGCAUAUUUUACUGAUUGGAGACUUGGAGGAAUAGUUCGAGUGAGGAAAUCAGAUGGAGGAGAAAUGACUAUUAUUAGGAGGGGCAUUAGUAAUAUUAUGCAUGUAAAAUCUUAUGAUGCUCAUUCUCAAAUAGGAUCUAACUAUUGUAAUAGAGGAACAAAUCCCAAUGGAGACUGCAGCCACUUCUGCUUCCCAGUACCUAAUUUUCAGAGGGUUUGUGGCUGUCCAUAUGGUAUGAAGCUGGGUCCUAAUCAGCUGACAUGUAUUGAAGAUCCGUCAAAUGAGCCACCCACUUUGCAGUGUGGUUCCUAUUCAUUUUCCUGUGGCAAUGGAAGAUGUGUACCUAGGUACUACCGGUGUGAUGGUGUUGAUGAUUGUCAUGAUAACAGUGAUGAACAAAACUGUGGAUCACUAAAUAAUUCUUGUGCUUCAUCAGCCUUUACCUGUGGCAAUGGGCAGUGCAUUCCAGGUCGCUGGCGUUGUGACAAACAUAAUGACUGUCUUGAUGGCAGUGAUGAACAACAUUGUCCUACACAGGGUCCCACUUCAUGCCCUGUAACCUUGUUCACCUGUGACAAUAGCAGGUGUAUUCCCAGGAUCUGGCUAUGUGAUACAGAUAAUGAUUGCGGUGAUGGGUCAGAUGAAAAAAAUUGCAAUUUUACAGGGACAUGUGAACCUGGUCAAUUUCAGUGUCCUGACCAUCGCUGCAUUGACCCAUUUUAUGUUUGUGAUGGGGACAAGGAUUGUGUAGAUGGAGCAGAUGAGCGUGAUUGCAUAUACAACUGUAGUGCCUCAGAGUUUAAAUGUGCAAGUGGAGACCAAUGCAUCAAUACUUAUUACCAGUGUGAUGGUGUUUUUGACUGCAAUGAUCAUUCAGAUGAGACUGGUUGUCCUACAAGACCACCAGGGAUGUGCCACCAGAAUGAGUUCCAGUGUCAGUCUGAUGGCAAUUGCAUUCCUGCUAACUGGGAAUGUGAUGGCCAUCCUGACUGUGCAGAUGGCUCGGAUGAACAUCAAAGAUGUCCUGCCAGGACCUGUCCUCCAUCUCUUUUCCGCUGUGAGAAUGGAAACUGCAUCUAUCGAGCGUGGAUCUGUGAUGGUGACAAUGACUGCAGGGAUAUGAGUGAUGAGAGAGAUUGUCCCACUCAGCCUUUCCGGUGCCCCAGCUGGCAGUGGCAAUGUCCAGGUCACAGCAUUUGUGUGAAUCUGAGCAAAGUAUGUGAUAACAUCGCAGAUUGUCCUAAUGGAGCUGAUGAAUCCCCACUCUGCAAUGAACCCCAGCCAGAUCAGGAGAGUUGCUCUGACAAUAAUGCUGGCUGUACUCACGAAUGCAUUCAAGGGCCAUUUGGAGCUCAGUGUACAUGUCCAGUCGGAUACUAUCUUGCUAAUGACUCCAAGACCUGUGAAGAUAUUAAUGAAUGUGAACCUCCAGGCUUUUGCAGUCAGCGUUGUUACAAUGAAAGAGGGUCUUCGAGGUGUUACUGUGAUGAAGGAUACAUUUUAGAAGCCAAUGGAAGGACUUGUAAAGCUGCAGAGUCUGGGAAUCUUCUCUUAUUAGUGGCAAGCCGUAACCAAAUUGUUGUAGACAACAUCACCUCUCAGGCACACAGCAUUUAUUCUUUGGUUCGAGAUGGGAGGAAUAUAGUAGCUAUUGAUUUUGAUUCAGUCACCGAUCGCAUCUAUUGGUCUGACACCACACAAGAUAAGAUUUGGAGUGCUUAUCAAAAUGGCACAGACCGAAAAAUAGUGUUUGACAGUGGUGUCACCGUGACUGAAAGUAUAGCGGUAGACUGGGUAGGUCGCAAUCUUUACUGGACAGACUUUGUUCUGGAAACAAUUGAAGUCUCUAGAAUGGAUGGGAGCCACAGGACUGUGCUGAUUAGUGAAAAUAUAACAAACCCAAGGGGACUAGUGUUAGAUCCCAGAAUUAAUGCUCAUGUGAUGUUCUGGACAGACUGGGGCCAAAAUCCUCGAAUUGAAAAAGCUAGCAUGGAUGGCACAAUGCGAACAGUUAUUGUUAGUGAUAAAAUCUACUGGCCCAAUGGACUUUCCAUUGAUUAUCCAAAUAAACUGCUUUACUUUGCUGAUGCCUAUCUUGAUUAUAUUGAUUUUUGUGAUUACAAUGGAAACCACAGGCGACAGGUGGUAGCAAGUGACUUGGUAUUACGGCAUCCACAUGCUCUGACUCUCUUUGAAGAUUUUGUGUAUUGGAGUGACCGAUACACUAAUCGAGUCAUUCGGGCCAACAAGUGGCAUGGAGGAAACCAAACAAUUAUGAUUUAUAACAUUCACCAGCCUUUGGGAAUUGUUGCAGUCCAUCCUGUUAAACAACCUGGUGGUAUCAAUUCUUGUGCAUCAUCUUCCUGUAGCCACCUGUGCUUGCUUUCUUCAUCAGGGCCUCGGUUUUAUUCUUGUGCCUGCCCUUCAGGAUGGACACUUUCUCCUGAUAAUGUGAACUGCAUGAGAGCUGUGCAAUACAUAGAAUUGUGCAAGAAAAAGGGAUCUGUAGAAAUUUCUGGUGAAAUUCACAGGGUGAAGUCAGAUGGAACUAACAGGACAGUAUUUGCUCCAGCAGCUGUUAUUGGUGCUCCUAUUGGCCUGGCUUUAGACUGGAUAUCUGCAAACCUGUAUUAUAGUAACCCUGGCACACAGUCAGUUGAGGUACUGAAGCUACAUGGUGAAGUAAAGUACAGAAAAACUCUGAUUACCAAUGAUGGUACCCCUACUGGAGCUGGAGUGCCAAUUGGUUUGGCCGUUGAUCCAGCACGAGGGAAACUGUAUUGGACAGACCAAGGAACUGACAGCGGGGUCCCAGCAAAGAUUGCCAGUGCAAACAUGGAUGGCUCAGAUAUAAAAACCCUCUUCACUGGCAACCUUGACCAUGUAGAGUUUAUUACCAUUGACAUAAAGGAACAGAAGUUGUACUGGGCUGUCACAAGCACGGGAGUGAUUGAAAAAGGCAAUGUGGAUGGUACAAAUCGUGUGACCCUGGUUCUUCAUCUCUCUCACCCCUGGGGAAUCGCUGUCUAUGAUUCCUUUCUGUACUAUACUGAUCGAGACUAUGAGGUCAUUGAGCGGGUUGACAAGUCCACUGGAGCGAACAAAGUGGUGAUGAGAGACAAUGUUCCAAGACUGAAGUGCCUACGAGUGUAUUAUAAAGACAAUUCUGCUGGUUCCUCAAAUGGCUGCAGUAACAAUAUUGGAGUUUGUCAGCAGCUUUGUCUGCCUGUGCCUGGUGGACUAUUUUCCUGUGCCUGUGCCACUGGCUUCCAGCUAAAUCCUAAUAACAGGACCUGUUCCCCAUAUAGUUCCUUUGUAAUUGUUUCCAUGCUGUCCGCAAUUAAAGGAUUUAGCUUAGAGACAUCUGAUCACUCUGAAGCCAUGGUGCCGUUGGCAGGAAGAGGACGAAAUGCACUUCAUGUGGAUGUUCACAUGCCUUCUGGUUUCAUUUACUGGUGUGACUUCAGCAGCACUGUUUCUUCCCAGAAAGCAAUACGUAAAAUUAAGCCGGAUGGUUCUUAUUUUAGAAACGUUAUUACAAAUGGAAUAGGACGAAAUGGAAUCCGUGGCAUUGCAAUUGAUUGGGUAGCAGGGAACCUUUAUUUUACGAAUGCUUUCCUGACAGAGACUUUUGUAGAAGUUUUGCGUUUAAACACUUCUUAUCGACGUGUUCUCCUGAAAACCACAGUGGAUAUGCCAAGGCAUAUAGUAGUAGACCCAAAAAACAGAUACCUCUUCUGGGCAGAUUAUGGACAGAAUCCAAAGAUUGAACGUGCGUUUCUUGACUGCACCAACAGAACAGUGCUUGUGUCUGAAGGCAUUGUCACACCACGUGGCUUGGCAGUAGAUCACAGCAAUGGCUAUGUUUAUUGGGUUGAUGAUUCUUUAGAUAUGAUUGCAAGAAUUCAGCCUGAUGGGGGUGAAGCAGAAAUUGUUCGCUAUGGUAGUCGCUACCCAACACCAUAUGGCAUCACCGUCUUUGAAAAUUCUAUGAUCUGGGUGGACAGGAACCUGAAAAAAGUCUUCCAAGCCAGCAAAGAGCCAGGCAACACUGAGCAGCCAACAGUUAUACGAGACAAUAUUAAUUGGCUAAGAGAUGUUACCAUUUACGACAGCCGUUUUCAACCACGGUCUCCCCUCAGUAUCAACAACAAUCCUUGUUUGGAGAACAAUGGAGAUUGUUCCCAUUUGUGUUUUGCCUUGCCUGAUCUGCAGAUGCCUAAAUGUGGGUGUGCCUUUGGCACACUAGGAAGUGAUGGCAAGAGAUGUUCCAUUUCAACAGAUGAUUACUUGAUUUUUGCCCUUGAGAAUGCACUUAGAAGCAUACAGCUCGAUCCUGAGAAUCACAGCCCCCCAUUUCGGACAGUGAAUGUGUUAAGAACUGCAGUGGCUCUAGAUUUUGACAGCAUGAACAACAGAAUAUAUUUUACACAAAGUUCUCCAGCUGGGACAGGAAAAAUCAGCUACGUUAAUAUUUACUCAGGAACUGGCACUCCAACUAUAGUUGCGUCAGGUUUGGGAACUCCAGAUGGCAUAGCCUUUGACUGGAUCAGUAACAGAAUUUAUUACAGUGACUAUUUGAACCAGACUAUCAGCUCAAUGGCUGUGGAUGGAUCUAACCGCACAGUGGUUGCCCGUGUUCCACGCCCUAGAGCUAUUGUACUAGAUCCUUGCAGAGGAUACAUGUACUGGACUGACUGGAGUACCAAUGCUAAAAUAGAACGAGCUACACUUGGAGGAAACUUCAGAAUACCUAUUGUAAGCACCAAUUUGGUGUGGCCAAACGGACUUACCCUGGACUAUGAGGAACAGCAGCUUUACUGGGCUGAUGCACGUCUACAGAAGAUUGAGCGAUGCUCCCUUUCUGGUUCCAAUCGUGAAGUAAUCGUUAGUACUGCUCUAUAUCCAUUUGCCAUGACCUUGUUUGAUCAGCACAUUUACUGGACAGAUUGGAAUACCAGAAGUAUUUACCGAGCUAACAAAUACGAUGGCUCAGAUCAGAUAGUAAUGAUCAUGAAUCUGCCACAAAGACCAAUGGAUAUUCAUGUUUGGUCAAAAAGUAAGCAACAACAGUGCAUCAAUCCUUGCAACCAAUUUAAUGGCGGUUGCAGUCACAUCUGUGCACCAGGUCCUACUGGUGCAGAGUGUCAGUGUCCUUCUGAAGGUCACUGGUAUUUAGCCAAUAAUAACAAGCACUGUAUUGUGGACAAUGGUACCAGGUGUGAUGGAGGGCUCUUCACAUGCCUUAAUGGACGAUGCAUCUCAGAGCGGUGGAAAUGUGACAAUGAUAACGAUUGUGGGGAUGGCAGCGAUGAGCUGGAAAGUGUGUGUGCUUUCCAUACCUGUCAGCCAACAGCUUUUACCUGUGGCAAUGGGAGGUGCGUACCUUAUCACUACCGCUGCGACCACUACAAUGACUGUGGAGACAACAGCGAUGAGGUGGGCUGCUUGUUCCGAACUUGUGACUCCCACACAGAAUUUACUUGCAAUAAUGGAAGGUGUAUAUCUCUUGAAUACGUCUGCAAUGGUGUAAACAACUGUUAUGAUAAUGGCACUUCAGAUGAGAGAAAUUGCCCUGAACGCACUUGCCAGUCUGGUUUUACAAAAUGUCGAAGCACAAACAUUUGCAUUCCUCGAACAUAUCUGUGUGAUGGAGAUAACGACUGUGGAGACAUGAGUGAUGAGAGCCCCACUCAUUGUGUCUCACUGACUUGCACAAAUAGUGAGUUUCGUUGUACAUCUGGACGUUGUAUUCCUGCUCAUUGGUACUGUGAUCAAGGAGUAGACUGUGCUGAUGGCUCUGAUGAACCCGCCUCUUGUGUGUCCCAUGUGCGGACUUGUUCAAGUAACCAGUUCAGGUGUGAUGAUGGCAGAUGUAUCCCAGCAAGCUGGAUCUGUGACGGUGAUAAUGACUGUGGGGAUAUGAGUGAUGAAGAUCAAAGACAUAACUGUGCAAACCGCAGCUGCACAGCCACUGAGUUUACAUGUGUGAACAAUAGGCCCCCCCUGAGGAGGUGUAUCCCUCAGGUGUGGGUCUGCGAUGGAGAUGCUGACUGCAGUGAUGCUUACGAUGAACAUCAAAACUGCACGCGACGGUCUUGCACUGAAAAUGAAUUCACAUGUAACAAUGGAUUGUGCAUCCGAAAUUCUUACAGGUGUGACAGGCGGAAUGACUGUGGUGAUAGCAGCGACGAGAGAGGGUGCAUCUAUCAGCCCUGCCAACAGCACCAGUUCACAUGUCAAAAUGGGCGCUGCAUUUCAAAGGCAUACAUCUGCGAUGGGGAUAAUGAUUGUGGGGAUGAAUCUGAUGAGCUGGAACACCUCUGUAGUACACCAGAAGCAACUUGCUCUCCCCAUCAUUUUAAAUGUGACAAUGGAAACUGCAUUGAAAUGGUUAAAAUCUGCAAUCGGCUGGAUGAUUGCUUUGAUAAUAGCGAUGAAAAAGGAUGCGGUAUUAAUGAAUGUAAUGACCCUUCAAUCAGCGGAUGUGAUCAUAAUUGCACAGACACCCUGACUAGUUUCUAUUGUUCUUGUCAUACUGGACACAGACUCAUGUCCGAUAAACGGACAUGUGAUGAUAUUGAUGAAUGCAAUGAAACGCCAUCAGUAUGUAGUCAGAUUUGUGAGAACACUGCUGGCUCCUACAUCUGUAAGUGCGCUCCAGGCUACCUCCGUGAGCCUGAUGGAAAAAGUUGCCGGCAAAAUAGUAAUAUCUCCCCCUACCUUAUUUUUAGCAACCGUUACUAUCUGAGAAAUCUCACAGCAGAUGGCCAGUCUUACUCUCUCAUUUUGCAAGGACUAAGAAAUGUGGUGGCACUGGACUUUGACAGGGUGGAAAAGAGGUUGUACUGGAUUGAUGUGGGGAGGAAGGUCAUUGAAAGAAUGUUCCUAAAUGGGACAAACAAGGAGACAGUAAUAAGUGAUGAUGUGCCAAAUGGGGAAGGUAUUGCUGUGGACUGGGUUGGCAGAAAAUUGUACUGGGUGGAUGCAUACAAAGACUGUCUCUAUGUCGCUGAGCUUGAUGGCAGAUUCCGGAAAAAAUUGGUGGAUCGGUGUGUGGACUCCAACAACACCUUCUGCUUUCAGUAUCCCAGAGCUAUUGUCGUUCAUCCAAAAUAUGGGCAGGUUUAUUGGACUGACUGGGCAGACCGAGCCUAUGUUGGAAGAGUGGGCAUGGAUGGCAAGAACAAGACGGUGAUUAUCUCUACCAAGUUAGAGUGGCCCAAUGGACUCACCAUAGAUUACACCAACGACAAGCUCUACUGGGCAGAUGCCCAUCUAAACUACAUUGAGUACUCUGACCUAGAGGGACGACAUCGUCACACAGUAUAUGAUGGGACGUUACCUCAUCCGUUUGCAAUUACAGUUUUUGAAGACACCAUCUAUUGGACUGACUGGAACACAAGAACUGUUGAGAAGGGAAAUAAAUAUAAUGGAUCAGGCAGGACUGUUCUGGUGAACACCACACACAGGCCAUUUGAUAUCCAUGUCUACCAUCCAUACAGACAGCCAAUUGUGAAUAAUCCUUGUGGUAUCAACAAUGGUGGCUGUUCCCAUCUGUGUCUAAUAAAAGUUGGAGGUCAGGGCUAUUCUUGUGAAUGUCCUGAUAACUUCAUGGUGGUACAACUUGGCAACACUGCACACUGCCUUCCAAUGUGCUCCAGCACCCAGUUCCUCUGUGCAGACAGUGAAAGGUGCAUACCGAUCUGGUGGAAAUGUGAUGGACAGAGAGAUUGCAGGGAUGGCUCUGAUGAACCGCCCACUUGCCCACACCGAUACUGUCGUGUUGGGCAGUUCCAAUGUAGUGAUGGGAACUGCACUAGUCCCCAUUUCUUGUGUAAUGCUCUGCCAGAUUGUCCUGACAGAUCAGAUGAAGAUCAUGUACUUUGUGCUGAUCACCAGUGUGAGACACAUCAGUGGCAGUGUGCCAACAAACGGUGUAUCCCAGAAGCCUGGCAGUGUGAUAAAGAAGAUGACUGUGGGGAUAACUCAGAUGAGGAUAGUUCUCACUGUGCCAGUAGGACCUGUUCUCCAGGCCAGUUUAAAUGUGACAAUGGCCGCUGCAUCCCUCAGUCCUGGAAAUGUGAUGUGGAUGAUGAUUGUGGUGAUCACUCUGACGAGCCAUACCACGAAUGCAUGGGUCCUGCCUAUCGGUGUGAUAACCACACAGAAUUCAGCUGUAGAACCAAUUACCGCUGUAUUCCACUGUGGGCAGUAUGCAAUGGGUAUGAUGACUGCAGAGACAACAGUGAUGAACAAGGCUGUGAGGAGAUGACUUGCAAUCCUUUGGGAGACUUCCGCUGUGAUAAUCACCGGUGCAUCCCGCUGCGCUGGAAGUGUGAUGGAGAUAAUGACUGUGGAGAUGGGUCUGAUGAGAACAACUGCAGCCCUCGCGAAUGCACGGAAAGUGAAUACCGUUGUGAUAAUUUGCGCUGCAUUCCUUCUCGGUGGGUUUGUGACCAUGAUGAUGACUGUGAAGACAAUUCAGAUGAACGUGACUGUGAGUUGAGGACAUGUCAUCCUGGAUAUUUCCAAUGUAGCAGUGGGCAUUGUGUUGCAGAACGCUUCAGAUGUGAUGGAAGUGCAGACUGUCUUGAUUUCUCUGAUGAAGCAACUUGUCCAACACGCUAUCCUAAUGGUACAUACUGUCCACCUAUGUUGUUUGAGUGUAAAAACCAUGUCUGUAUCCAGCCAUAUUGGAAAUGUGACGGUGACAAUGACUGUGGAGAUGACUCUGAUGAAGAACUUCACCUUUGCUUGGAUAUUCCCUGUGAACCACCAUUCCGUUUCCGUUGUGAAAAUAAUCGCUGUAUCUACAGUCACGAGCUGUGCAACCAGGGGGAUGACUGUGGAGAUGGAAGCGAUGAAAAAGAGGAGCACUGUAGAGAACCUACCCCAAGACCUUGUAUGGCUGAAGAAUUCAAAUGUGGUAAUGGAAACUGCAUUCCUCUACAUUACGUAUGUGACAAUUCUGAUGAUUGUGGAGACCAUUUUGAUGAAAUAGGCUGCAACCCAGGAACAGGACGAACUUGUGCUGAAAAUAUCUGUGAACAUAACUGUACCAACUUCAGUGAAGGAGGCUUUAUCUGUUCCUGUAGGCCAGGGUACAACGCCAGUGAGCUGAACCGGAACUCCUGUGAUGAUAUCAAUGAGUGUGAGAUCUUUGGAACCUGCCCCCAGGACUGUAAGAAUUCCAAAGGAAGUUACGAAUGUUUCUGUGCUGAUGGCUUUAGGUCUGUGGGUGAUCAACAGGGAAAACAGUGUGCUGCCAAUGGUAACCCACCAUUGUUACUCCUGCCAGACAAUGUGCGUAUUCGGAGAUACAAUAUCUCAUCACAGCAGUACUCUGACUACAUUGAUAACCAGGAGCACAUCCAAGCUAUAGACUAUGACUGGGAUCCUGAGGGGAUAGGCCUGAGUAUUGUAUACUACAGCAUUUUGGGACAUGGCUCUGAGUUUGGAUCCAUCAAACGUGCUUAUCUCCCCACAUUUGAUGGCAGUGGAAACAAUCCCGUGAAGGAAGUUGACUUGAAUCUGAGAUACAUAGUAAAUCCUGAUGGUUUAGCUGUGGACUGGGUUGGGAGGCAUCUUUACUGGACUGACGCUGGGACAAAUCGAAUAGAGGUAGCAAAGCUAGAUGGACGGUACAGGAAGUGGCUUAUUUCCUCUCUACUGGAUCAACCAGCAGCUAUUGUUGUGAAUCCCAAGCUUGGGCUUAUGUAUUGGACUGACUGGGGGAGACAGCCAAAGAUUGAAUGUUCCUGGAUGGACGGACAGCAAAGGCGAACGCUGGUUUCUGAAGACCUUGGCUGGCCCACAGGCCUUUCUAUUGAUUAUCUCAACAAUGACAGGCUGUACUGGAGUGAUUCUAAAGAAAAUAUUAUUGAAUCCAUGAGACCUGAUGGAACAGACAGAACCACUGUAUUACACGGAGAAGUCAGCAGUCCGUACAGCCUUGAUGUCUUUGAAGGCCAUUUAUAUUGGAUUUCUAAGGAAAGAGGUGAAGUCUGGAAGGAAGAUAAAUUUGGAAAUGGAGAAAAGGUGAAAGUGCUGACUGUAAACCCUUGGCUCACUCAAGUGCGUAUCUAUCAUCAGCAUAGAUACAAUCAGUCAGUGCCUAAUCCUUGUAAAGAUGUCUGCAGCCAUCUCUGCUUGCUGAGACCAGGGGGAUACACUUGCUCUUGUCCACAAGGGGCUCGUUUUAUAGAAGGCAGCGCCACAGAGUGUGAUGCAGCCAUUGAAUCCCCUCCAACAAUGCCACCAGCAUGUAGGUGUAUGUAUGGAGGAACAUGCUAUAUUGAUGAAAAUGAUCUUCCCAAAUGCAAGUGUUCUUAUGGCUACAUGGGAAAUUAUUGUGAAAUAGGAUUGUCAAAGGGAGUGCCUCCUGGAACAACAGCAGUAGCAGUGUUGCUGACAGUCAUUCUAAUAAUAAUAAUUGGAGCAUUGGCAGUUGGAGGGUUCUUUAACUACAGACGGACAGGCUCCCUCUUACCAGCACUCCCCAAACUACCAAGCUUAAGCAGUCUUGUAAAGUCCACUGAAAAUGGCAAUGGGGUGACCUUCCGAUCUGGAGCGGAUGUGAGUAUGGACAUUGGUGUGUCUGGCUUCGGAGCUGAUUCUACUAUAGACAGAGCAAUGCAGAUGAAUGAAAACUUUGCUGUGGAGUCAGGGAAGCAGCCAAUCACGUUUGAAAAUCCAAUGUAUAUAACCAGAGAAGGUGGAGCCAGUGUAGUGAAUGUAGCUCAGCCUACAUGUGUAACCGCAUCUAAUAGUGAGGAAAAUGAGAAUUUUGAAAAUCCUGUCUACUCUGCUGGAAUAUCUGCUAGUGCACAGCAACCUCCUGUAAGCACAGAAACAACACAGGAAACAAAGUGGAGUUUCUUCAAAAGAAAACUGAAACUAAGUACUAAUUUUGAAAAUCCAAUCUAUGCAGAGAUGGAGAAGGAACAACAAGGGGACACUGAAAAUGCCUCUCUCCCCUCUCCUUCACAGCCUCCUAAAAUUACUCUCAAGAGAGACACACCUUUAGCUUAUACAGCAACAGAGGAUACAUUUAAAGACACCGCCAAUCUUGUUAAAGAGGACUCUGUUGUAUAACUAGUUAAUCAGUUAGAGAAUAAUUAGACAUACCCAUUUGCACAUAUAUUUUUUAUAAACAGACGGGAAAAGGUUCACAUUCAAACGCUUUAUAAAGAAUAUAUACACCUUUUAGCGAAUAGCUGAAGAUGUCUUUUGAAGCUAUGCCUUGUUUUUUUGACAAAUGCCAACUGCUAUUUUUAUGAACAAUUAUCAUGAUGUACUAUAUGUAUAUCUUUGCA